CAGCGUCCGUCAGGUUGACCAUCCCGUGCGUCCCCUCCAGCUCGGACCGCUUGGCUCCCACGAGACGGCGAGCAUCUUCGGCGUCCACCUCGAAGAUGCAGUAAGACAGCUGCCUCAUGAAGGUGGGAUACAGCUCGUGGCUCUCUGUGGUGACACCUGAUGCGAAGCGGCGCAUCAGAUGCCAGAUGUCCAGCCGAACAAUGAGCCGUUCCCACUCCUGCGACAGAGAGGAACGUCGGCCAGUACCAAGUACUUCCAGGCGUUCCUGAUUGAUGGACUGGUCAGGUGGAACGAGGACCGCGCAGCGGCAGCUGAGGGACACGAGGCGCCUCUGCUGUCCUACAGUGGCCACCUCAGGCACGCCCUUAACCAGAAGAGCCAAAGGGUGUUUGGUCAUCAGAUGGUUAAGGACUUCACCAAGCCUGCUGCUUACACAGGUGAGCUCAUCGGGGUGGAGUACCUGUUCCAACAGACAGGCCGCAUGCUUGAGGACGUCAGCGUGGACCCUGACGCUCGGGACGAGGCUGCUGCCGUCACCGACCUGGACGAGGUGGACGAGGGUAUCCAGGAGGAUGUGGGCGACCACGUCGCCGCCUUGGACCUUGAGGUCCGGUCCACCAGCACUUCAGGAGCAGCCCGGUCAGGGGAUCCAGCUGUCGCACCCGGGUCUGAGCCAGCACAUUCUGCCGCCCCUGCGCAUCACGCCCCUCACGAGGUCCCUGGAAGCCAGACUCCUGAAGAGAAACACUCCUCUGAUUCAGAGGAGGAGAUCCAGGGUCCUGAUGGCCAGCUAGGAUACCAGCAUGUCCUGAAGCUGGCUCAGGCCCUGGUGGAGCUCUGUCUGACAGUAGGGUAGACCGACUCAUUGCGCUUUGGCAACGCCUGCCAGAGCGUGACAAACAACGGAUCGUCUACCCUAGCAGAUACCGGGAGAGGCAACCAAAGGAGCGGUUCAAGGCAGCGAAUGGGACUUUUGAACAAUCAAAUGACUGGGUUGUUCCAGUUUUGAGAAUUACAGGUUCUCAGCAUCCAAAGCUGGAUUUUGUUUCAACUGUGAAAUAUCCUCAGAGCUGUGAUAUACAUGAUAAAC